AUGGUGCGCACCGAGAACUCGGCCGGAAGUACGGUCCAGGUCUGUUCAUAUCGGCGUGACACAUGGUAUCUGGGAGCUCGACUGAAUGCGUACCAUGAUAAUAUGUUCUUGCUACUCGACGCUGCCUCUCACGACAAGGCCAAGGCACGCACAUUUGGUGCUUAUAGCGGACGUGAAUUCCCACAUUUGGAACGAGGUAUCGACCAACAGGUCAACAAGUUGAUAGAUAUUAUUCGUACGAGAUACGUUCAACCCAAUGAUGGAAACCCACGCUUGCUGGACUUGGCGCCCAUUAUGAGUUUCUUUACGUUAGAUGUUAUUACACAAGCGGCUUUUGGGAGGGAAUUUGGCUACCUCGAGACGGAAUCUGAUUUAUAUGGCUGGUUCGAAAGUCUUCGAGCGUUUUUCCCCUUUGCGACAAUGAGUGUCAAUGUCCCUUGGGUUCGGAAUUUCUUUUAUUCACCAUGGGUUCUCAAAUUCUUUGGCCCGAAGACAACAGACAAGAAAGGGAUAGGUAGGUUGAUGUGGAUUGCUCGAAAGGAGGUAAACAAGCGCUUCGAUUCUGGUGUCAAGGUAGAGAAUGAUAUGCUUGGAUCAUUCAUCAAACACGGGCUCAACCGUAACGACUGCGAGUCCGAGGGGUUGUUUAUGGUCAUAGCAGGAUCUGAGACCACUGCUUCUGCGCUUCGAGUGAUUAUGUUAUACGUGAUGACUACUCCUCGGGUUUACCAGAAACUGAAGAAGAUUGUCGCAGAAGCAGUCCGCGAUGGGACCGUGUCUACUCCGAUCACGUAUGAGCAAGCCAGACACAUCCCAUAUCUACAAGCUGUUCUCCACGAAGGGCUCCGUAUGCGCCCUCCUGCCCCAUCAAUGUUCCCCAAAUCAGUUCCUAAAGGAGGCGAUACUAUAAAUGGAAAAUUUGUUCCAGAAGGGACCGCAAUUGGCAUGAACACGCCGUCAAUGAUGCGCUCCUUCAAAGAGUUUGGACCAGACCCGGACAUGUUCCGACCGGAGCGAUUCAGUGAAGCCUCAGAACAAGAACGUAUCAAAAGGGAGCGAACCGUUGAUUUACUGUUCGGGUACGGUCGUUGGAUGUGCGCUGGCAAGCCCGUGGCCUUGAUGGAGCUGAACAAGGUGGUCUUUGAGUUGCUACGCGAAUUUGACUUUCAGCUAGCCAACCCAGUCAAACCAUGGAGUACAGAAGCCUAUACGAUUUUUAUGGAUUACGACUUUUGGGUGAGGGUUACAAAUGCGAACACACUUGACUCAUCUCAGAACCAGGAAGCCACUUCGUCAUGA